GGCUCUCUCUUGAAACAUUUCGCGGCGCAGUUUGUUUCAGACGACUCUUUGCUUUACCAAAAUGCAUUCUAAAAAAAUUCUUUUGAUUUUCUUGAUUCUGAAAUUUGUGGAUGCUCAAUUUCAGAAAAGCAAAGUGCAUUUGGAAAAAAUAUCAAGUUUGUACAUUCCGUCGCGUUAUGAUUCAAAUGAUUUUCCGAAGUUUAAACUCGGAAAACAUGCAGCGGAACAGCUUGCCUACGAUCCGGUGCAGAAGCUUUUGUAUGUCACAGGCGAGGAGAGGCUUUCCGUUGUAGAUUUGUCCAAUCCAGACGACCCUCGAAUAGUGUACCGGAAACAGUUUGAUAAAAUGGACCCAACAGAUGUGGAAUAUUGCGGAAAUCAUGUAUUUGUUACAGUCAACAACGACGAUAAUCCGGAAGAAGGGAGAGUCAUGGUGUUCCGGACGUACAAUAAACGACAUAACACCAUGCCCAUUGUACUUAAUAUUGUUGCUGGCCCGUCCCCUAAUUCAUUGCUUCCUACCUCCAACUGUCAGACAAUAUUGGUGGCACUAGAGGGGGAUCCGUUUGCCAGGGGAGGCAACCUCAUUGACCCAGAAGGUGGCAUUGGGGUACUCAAGUUCCCAUCCAAUUUCAUCUCCGAGAAUACAUACAAUUACAAAAUUCUGGAUUUUGGAAAAUUUAACAAGAAAUAUUCAUUAUUAGCAAGGAGUGGUGUGCGUUUCGUUUACAAGGAAAACGGCAAUACUUUCGCACAGGACCUUGAACCGGAACAAAUUACCCUGAGUGCUGACGAAAAAAAAGCGUAUGUUACCUUGCAGGAAAAUAAUGCAAUUGCAGAGGUUGACCUGGUCACAGAUUCUAUAACUCAAAUACAUGGGCUUGGAUUUAAAGACUGGAAAAAAUACAAGCUGGACCCUAGUGACAGUGAUGGAGGUAUCAACAUGUAUUCUUACCCGGUUUACGGUAUAUACCAGCCGAACGCCAUAAAAACUGUGACAGUUGGGAGGAGGGAGUUUCUUGUGACAGCCGAUGAAGGAGACAGCAAGGAUUACUCCGGAAAGAAGCUGACAACUCCGGGAUUUAACGAAGUUAAAAGAGUAAAAGAUAUCGUCCUUUCAGAUAAAUCUGAAGUUUUACAAUGGGCCAACCAACGAAAAAUACCGAAUAUACAGAACGAUGCCUUAUUAGGCAAGCUACAGAUCACCACUGAAAAUGGACGGCUUAAAGAUGGCACUUUCGACAAACUCUAUACUUUCGGUGGGCGUGGUUUCUCUGUGCUGAGAUCAGAUUCAAUGAAUCGAGUGUUCGAUAGCGGCUCGAGUGUUGAGGAAUCACAUGCAUUACAGUUUCCCAAACUGUUUAAUUCCUAUGUCAAGUCAUCUGCAAAUAUAACAGACACUUUUGAUACACGUUCUGAUAAUAAGGGACCGGAGAGUGAAAGCCUAGAGGUUGCCUAUGACGGUCCACGAGCCAUCGUUUUCGUUGGGAACGAAAGACCUGGAUCCAUUAGUAUCUACUCAUUCAACAACGACAUGAGUGGGGGCACCCUGGAGAGUAUAUAUAGUGGGAUUUGGACAUUGAAUGGGACGUGGGGAGAAGCAUUUUCUCAGGGAUAUAUAAGCGACCUGGAUCCAGAGAAUAUCAAAUACCUUUCCCCGAACCAUAGUCCUAACGGCCAGCCCAUGUUGCUUGUUGCUGGAUCUGAAUCAGGAACUGUUUCUCUCUUCAAUGUCAAAGGCAUGCGCAGUCCUUUACCAAAUCCACAAGUCAAUUAUAGGGUUCAAGUCAAGCCUCUCAGAAGUGAACCCCUUAAAGAAACAUCAACCACAGAAAUUGCAGCCACAAAAACCAUUUCCAACAACGGGGCCAAAGGAAACAAACAAAUUACCAAGAAACGCAAUAAAUCUAACAGAAAGCAAAGGAGGAAUAUUCAGCGGAAAACCAAAAGGAACGUUAAAAGGAAUAAUAAAAACUCCCCCAACAAACGGGGUAGAAAACUCUCUCGGAAAACCAAAACAAAGGGUAAAUUUUCUAGGAAAACCAAAACGACAGCAAAAAAGAAAAAAUCAAAGAAAACAAAAUCAAGGCAAAAAUCUAAGACGAAAACCUCAAAAAGGAAAAAGUCUUCAAAAUCGAAGAAACAGAAACGUUCGUCAAAAUCGAAGGGGAAGAAAAGGUCGAGUAAAAAGUCGAAAUCAAAAGUCUAGAGGUCAGAUUUGAAGGCCAACUUUAACUUUUCAUUGACUGUCAAAAUGCAAAUUAAGAUUACAUUUUGGAAAUUUGUGAAUGUUUUCAUAUGCAUUAAUUUGUCUAAUUAGUAGAACAUGUAAUAAAACAUUACUCGUUUCGUCUGUAA